AUGAUGGAAACUAAGCGGGAACAGGUGUUGAACCUUGAGCGUGUGCAGGCGCUGGAAACCUGGCUGACAACAACCAACACAAAGCUGGCUCAAGUUAACGGCCAGAGGAAGUACGGAGGACCGCCUGAGGUGUGGACCGGACCCCCACCAGGAGCCCGCUGCGAGGUAUUCAUCAGCCAGAUCCCGCGGGACACCUAUGAGGACCUGCUGAUCCCCCUGUUCAGCUCCGUGGGGCCGCUCUGGGAGUUCCGGCUCAUGAUGAACUUCAGCGGCCAGAACCGCGGCUUCGCCUACGCCAAAUACGGCUCGGUGGACGUCGCCUCGGAAGCCAUCCGCUUGUUGCACGGUCACAUGCUAGAGCACGGCUUCCGCCUCAGCGUACGCCGGAGCACAGAGAAGAGACACAUCUGCAUCGGAGAUCUGCCGACCACCACCAAGCCAGACGAGCUACUGCAGGUUCUGCGCAGACUGACAAGCGAGGUACAGAGAGUGUCUCUGAAGGCUGGGCCUGGUAUAGAGGGGGUGUCUGCUAUAGUCGCCUAUUCAUCACACCACGCAGCUUCUAUGGCCAAAAAAAUGCUGGUGGAAGCAUUUAAGAAGCAUUUUGCAUUGAGCGUGUCAGUAAAGUGGCAGACAUCAGUGAAGUCGAGUCCAGACGACCAUCAGCAGCCUUCUAAAAGCCUCCAGUCAUCACUCAUGAAGCCACCGAGCCACAUCCCGAACUCUCUUCAGCCCUCAGUCGUGUCUUCUCACCUGGACAGCCCUCCAUCCAUGACCACAGGUUUCUGCAGAGCAGUGGGAGGGCCACCGAUUGAUCCCCCCCAUCACCCUCACCCUCGCCGCUCCUCCACCUACCAAGAGAUUCUGUCCGCAGCAUUCUUAGGAUGCCCAGUGAUGCUCCUCCGUAAGAUGUGCGAGGUGAUUGGGGUCGGCCAGCCACUCUAUGAGAUAUGCUACAGCCAUGCCGGCUCAGAUGGAUUCCUCUACUUUACCUUUAAGGUGUGCAUCCCGGGAAUAACCACGGCCUUCAAAGGGCUGGUCAUGAUCUUACCUGGAUCCGAAGGCUCUAACGUGCUGAAGGAGGCUCAGCAGGCUGCAGCCCAGAAGGUCCUGCAGUCUAUUAACAACAUGCAGUUCACCCACUGA